GAGAGCCUACAAAAUGGAUGUGGGUAGCAAAGAGGUCUUGAUGGAGAGUCCCCCGGAUUACUCAGCAGGUCCCAGGAGCCAGUUCCGCAUCCCAUGCUGCCCCGUGCACCUCAAACGCCUUCUCAUCGUGGUGGUGGUGGUGGUCCUUGUUGUCGUGGUGAUCGUAGGGGCCCUGCUCAUGGGCCUCCACAUGAGUCAGAAACAUACCGAGAUGGUUCUUGAGAUGAGCAUUGGAGCACCGGACACUCAGAAACGCCUAGCCCUGAGUGAGCACAUGGACACCAUCGCUACCUUCUCCGUCGGUUCCACUGGGAUUGUUGUGUAUGACUACCAGCGGCUCCUGACUGCCUAUAAGCCAGCUCCGGGAACCCACUGCUACAUCAUGAAGAUGGCUCCAGACAGCAUCCCUAGUCUUGAGGCUUUUACUAGAAAAUUCCAGAAUUUCCAGGCCAAGCCCUCAGCAUCCACCUCUAAGCUGGGCCAGGAGGAAGCACAUGAUACCGGUUCCGAGUCUUCUGGGAGAGACCUGGCUUUCCUAGGCCUUGCUGUGAGCACCUUGUGUGGAGAGCUACCACUAUACUAUAUCUAGGACCCCUCAGGGUCGGCGGAAACCGCAUCGGGACAGGAAAGACCUGCAGCAAAAGGUCUUUUGCAGACAGCAGGAAGCUGCUCUUGUUCAUGCCCGACAGGACAGAGUAGAAGCCAGUAGAGGAGAGGUGUCUCCUA